CCUCGAACUGCGACUGCGUGGAUGUGAGUGGGCCGGAAGUCUUGGUUUUACGCGCGAGGAGUUGUCAGUGGACUGGAGGAGAGAAACAAACAGAGAUCAGUGAGACAGUUUACAAGGCCAAUUCCUUCUGGUGCUGGCUAAUUGUUUACUUAUUGGGGAUUUGCUCACUAAAACAAAAGAUCUCCUAUUCCAAGCAUCUCUGUGGUGAGAAAUGAUGUGAGACAGUACAGACUAAAGGAUACAACUGCAAACAGGGCACAGGAACAGAGAGACCUAGGGCACACUUGAGGACUUAAAAGAGGAAGAUAAUGCCUAACCAAACUUCACAAUAUUUAAGUGACAUCCCACUUGGACUAUGGAGAUAUGGACAUUGCUGGCUGGACCAGCAUUUAUUGCCCAUUCUACUUGCACUUGAGAAGAUGAGCAGUAAUGCAGCCAGCCCCAUGUCAGUUGCAGGAAACACAGCUUCCAGCAGUGGGAGGGGAUCGGCAAAGUCGACUAGCUUUGUUACAGAACUUCAGACCAUGAUGUAUGGUUUUGGUGAUGCUCGCCGACCUCUGAUGGAAACGGCAAUUUUGGUUGAAGAUAUAGUGCACUCUCAAUUGAUUAACAUGUUACAUCAAGCUGCUGAAAUCUCACAAGUCAGAGGAGCUCGGGUCAUAGCAGCCGAAGAUAUUCUGUUCUUAAUGCGGAAAGACAAGAGAAAAUUACGCCGAUUGCUAAGGCAUAUGAGUCUCCGGGAUUUUAAGUCCAAAAUUAUUAAGGGUGUUGAAGACGAGGAUGUUAUUGAAGCAGACAAAUCCAGCAGCAGUAUAAACAAGCGCCAAAAACUCUACCAAGAAUUCCUCAGCUCCAUUGACCAAACAGGGGAACUGCUGGGUAUGCUUGAGGAAGAUGAUGCUGAUGAAGUCAAACAGGAGCGGCUGGAGAGAGCUGAGCGCCAAACUCGAACGAUGGAUUCAUCCCAAUAUGCAGAGUACUGUGAAAGCCGCCAGCUGAGCUUUGCCAAAAAACCAACAAAGUUUAAGGAUUGGUUGGACUGCAGCAGUAUGGAAGUGAAGCCUAAUCCAGUUGCUUUAGAGAUCAUGGCAUACCUAGCACAGGAGACAGUGGCCCAGCUGGUGGACCUCGCCCUUUUGGUGAAACAGGAUAUGGCUGCUAAAACGGGAGAUCCAUUUAAUAAUGCCAAAUCUGUGACACUUGCACAUCAUAAUGCGGCAUUACCUGAGAUACAGUUUCAAGUUCAGCCCGUUAUUUUGAAGAGCAAUCCUGACUCACCAGAGAAUACACCCCCAUCAACACCAACAACCCCUGCAUCAGCAGCACAACACAUUGUGUCUAAAACACAUUCAGGAAAUUUGGGGAAUGGAGGCAUGGGGCAAGAGUCCAGCAAUACUAAAGCUAAAGCACGCAAGAGAAAAAAGAGCGCUGCAGCUUGUGGUCUAGAGACUCACAAUGAUGCCAUACAGCCCAGCCACAUCAGAGAGGUGAUCCGACGGUACAGCCACAAAAUUGGCCCUCUUUCCCCAUUCACAAGUGCUUACCGCAGAACUGGAAUGACGUUUCUAGCCUGCUGAGGGCGGAAGGAACAAGAAGGCUGUUGUUACUGAAAAGUGAAGUUGCGCCAAGAAAACAAGGCUGUGUCAGUACACUGUGUACGUGUGUUUGUGUGUGUUGGGUGAGCAUUUGUGGCAAGCCACUGACCUGCACCCUGCCAUCAAUCCUGUUUACUUGGUGGAAUGUUUUAGUUAAUUAAAGGCAGGAUGUUUGGCCUGCAUGUAGGUGGAUAGGAAUGCAGAUCACCAGCUGCCAGCUCACAUCCAUGAAUUUGUGUCAUAGUGCUUAAACAGAAUGAAAUCUUUUUCUAACAAAAUACAUGUAAGGGGUAAUUUUCAGAGUUUGUACUUUGGUGUGAAGCCUCGCCCACCAGGAGGGAAUUUGGAUAUGUGCUGUAUGUGAUUUUCAAAUCAUUUAAACUAAUUUGAGCUUCUGAGUUUUCAAUGUGUGCUGCCAGUAGGUGAAGCUCCACAACGGGGGUGUGAAAGACAGAAAACUCUUAGAAUCUCUUAUUGUAUAAUUUAAGUGAACUCGAAAGUACUUUGGAAGCUUUACAACUGUACUUCAUUAAUUGUGUAUUGUAUUUUUAUUGAAGCAAUUACUUUUCUGCUCUGAAAUAGCCCAAACUUCAGUUUUGAUAGGGAAGUAGUUAUCACACAAUAGAUAUGUAUGUACAUAUAUCCGUUCCAAUGUCAUAUACAUCCAUAAAUGGCUUGAACAACAUUGAAACAAUUACAUUUACAAUAUAAGGUGAUGAAACAACAUUUCCAUGAUGAUGAUUUCGGUUUUAAUCUCAAACUGUUGUUUCUAGCAAAUCUAUUGCAGUUUAUCAAUUUCAUGGAAUUGCAGAAACUCAAUAUAACACUUCUGUGAAUAGCAUUAGCAAUAAUUGUAGACAGCAGCACAUACAGUGUUUAAUGGUAAUGUUAUAUUUACAUUGAUCUGUAAAUCAUUUUAGACUGAAAGGUCCUCCAGCAAAAGGUUUGCUAUAAAUACUGACUUGGCAAAUGUAAACAUUAUUGUGCCACUCCCAAAGUCAAGAAUGCUAAUUUAAGAUUGAAACACCAAGGCAGUGUUGAAGAGAACCUAAAUCAAACAUCUCAUUCUUUCCUGAUGCUUUUAAAAAAAACUGCUGUGACGUAAUUUUCUGUAAGAGCUGGUGUGCAAAAGUUGUGAAUAAAACUGUACCUUAAAAAA